AUGGAGCCAGAGAAAGCUGACCCCUGGCAGGACCCGCUGAUUGCUCCCGGGGAGAGACAACCGAUAGGUGUGGUGACUGUACGAAAACACGUGGAAAUCGCAGCUCGUCAUGCAGGCGCUACUGUGUUGCUAGACUGUGACUUCAGCAGAAUAAUGGAAACAGUAGCAGAAAUAAUUAUCAUCAUUUUUCGUAAAACAGCAGCUGCCAUUUACCGGGAGCUUGAGCUCAGGCACUGUGCUCACCGUUUAGAUGUCCAUGUGUCGAACCUUCCCUACGAAUCUGUGAGGCAGAGCCGCUGGGAUGGGACCCGCUGCCCCCAAGGCUCGUGGUCUUCAGCCACAGUCCACGGGGAGCUGCGGCAGGGCCCCUUUCCCUCCCUGCUCCUGCGGGCCACAGGAAAAGGGGGGGCUGGCCCCGAGAAAGCAGCGAGGUCCCUUAACGAGCUCAGGAAAGCCCAUCUCCUGACAAUCACAGCGCAGAGCUCUGCAAUAACAUCCUGCCGGGAGAGGCAGGAAGUGUGUCUGGGGGCGGCAGCGUGUGGCAGCCCCACUGCCCGCGUCUGCCCGUCGGCCCCGAGACUGAAGGAAGCUCAGGAAGCAGCCACCGGGGGUCAGAGGGAGCGGAGCGCUUCCCCUUCCCCACGCAUCCUGGACGGACGAGGACGCGGAGGCGGGAACAGCAGCGCUCGCGGAGGGGCCUCCCCUGGGGUGCCCCCAGCACCCCGGGCCCUGGAGCACCAGGGAGUCCGCAGCGACAUCGCCCUGGAGGCCGGGUGGCUGGUGCCUGCAGGGGAGAGCGUGAGGCUGAGCGACAUCGCCCUGGAGGCCGGGUGGGGAACGGGCGGGUGGAGGAGACGCUGGGGCUGGGCCCCUCUGCUCAGAGGUAGCUCCUGGCAUCAGAGCAGAGCAAGAGACACAGGUGUGGAGAAGGAGCAUGUGGAAGCCGAGCGGGAGGGGCAGCGACUGGGAGUGACACCCAGACGCCACUGA